AUGAAAGAGCCCGGAAGUUGUGAAACUUGCCCAACUGAAAAAGCGGUUUGCAACGGAGGUGCUAAUAUUGGUCCAUUACCUGGUUAUUGGAGAAAAAGUAAUGCUUCUUAAAGAUUUGAAAAAUGUCUUUAUUAACCUGCAUGCCUUGGUAUGGUCGCUCCAAAAAAUAAUCCAAUGGGCGAUUGCUCAGUUGGAUAUAGAGGUAUUUUAUGUGCAGAUUCAUUACUCCCAUUCUUGCUGGGUUAUAUCUGUUUUUAAUUCUGGCUGAUUAACAAUUUCAUUAAGAAAAGAAUUUGUUCAGUUGACAGGAAAUUUAUAUCUAGUUUAGUCAUUUUACUAUUUUUAGUUCAUCCUAUCAUAAGUUAGUAUUCGAUUUUCAAUUUUAAAUGCAGAGAUAUUGAUGGAUAGCAGAGAGUCUAUGAUGAUUUAGAAAUAUUAUGCUGGGAUAAGAGCCAUUAAUUUUACAGUUAUUUUGUUGCAUUACCAAGCAUUUUAGUUUGGGGAAUAGGCUUACCUAUUCUUGCUUUGAUUAUUUUGAUUAAAAUUAGAAAUAAUCUGAACCGAGUUUCAAUUAGAGAGAUGUAUGGUUUCUUAUACCGAGGCUACAAAGUUUAAUUUUAUUAUUGGGAGAUAGUAAUAACAUCUAGGAAAAUUCUAAUAAUCUUUAUUACUGUAUUUGUUGGAACAAGUUUUGGUUUAAUCGCAUAAGCCCUUAUUAUGCUUAUCGUACUUAUCCUGUUUCUUGUAAUAAACCAUUAAUUCAAGCCAUUUAAUACUUAAGCAUUAAAUGAUCUUGAGACUAUUUCUUUGGUUACUUCUAUGAUUUCAGUGUACUCUGGAAUAUUCUUUUUGUUAGAUAAAAGCACUAGUUGGAUAGAAAGUAAUUAAGAUUACUCAAGAGGAGUGAUUCAACUUCCUGAGGCAUUUAAAAAGCUAUUUUUCUACCUAAUUCUCAUUUCUAAUGUGGUAUUCUUUAUCUUUUGGAUUUACAAAAUGUAUUAAGAACUCAAGUCAAGAUUUAGAUCUUAAUACUAGAAGAUCUAUCUAAUUUUGUGCCUCUGUAAUGAUAAAGAAAAAUUGAAGUCGGAACUUGUAAAAUCGAUAUAUGAUUUAUAAAUGCAAAAAUACUCAGAAGAACUUGAAAAAUGUAUUAAUAAAUACGAAAACUACUUCGUGAAACGAAACAUAUAACUUAAUGAAAAAAUUGUUCAGAAAUUAGCAGUAUUCCUUGAUGAAGCGAAUAUGUUGAAGGCUUUUGGAUACAAAAAUGAGAAAGAUAAUUCAAAAAGCAUAUAGUAUCGUAAAAAAUAGAGUUAAAAGGUAUUCUAAGAAUUUUAAGAAGAAGAAUCAUAAAAGAAGUUAUCCAAAAUGAAACUUAUUCACGAUGAUUCUUAGCCUCUUAUGACUUAGCAAACUAUAUAAACCAUGGAAGGUAUUGACUUUAUAAACCAGAAAGAGGAAAAAUAAUCUGAUAUACUUAUUGGUAACUCAGAUUAAUUUGCUAAAUUGGAAAAGAAAAAUAGUCAGAAUUUCCUUACAAAUUUUUCAUUAAAAAAUUCUCGUGAUAUUUUGACUGUAUCGAAUUAAAACUAUAUAACCUAAGUUUCUUCUAAUUAGCUAUCAAAGAUGUCUUAAUUAGAACUUCUCGUUAAAGAAUAAAGACAAGAAAAUAUCUUGAUAUAAAAGAUUGAUCCUAUAAUAAAGCAAAGAUAUAACAAAAAGAAAGCAUUAAAUAAAGUAAGCAAAAUAAGUGUAUAGUAAGUGAGCUCAAACUUAAACUCAAUGAAUAAAAAUGCAGAAGGCGUUAAACAAAUUAAACAAAAGUCAAAAAUGAAUAAUUCUCCUUUAAUUAAUGAAAUAAUAGGAGAAAGAAUAAAGAUUUAGAGAAACAAAUAGGCCAAAAAUAAAAACAAUGAAAUUGAAAUAAUGUUAAUUGAAUAUAGUGAGAAUGAAGAUAAUAUUUAGAACGAUCUUUCAAAUCAUAGCUAAGAAGAGACUAAAAAACUUGAAAACAUAAAUUCUUGGAAAUAAUUAGAAUUGGUAUAGGAUAUAUAGGAGAAAUAAAACAUCAACUAAACUGAUUCGUCAAAAUCAUAUGAAAGUUUCAUUAAAGCAAAAGAAAGUCUAAAUCAAAAUUAGCAAGAGGAUGAUUAAAAUUAAUUGAAAAAUAACACAAACAGUGCUUUUGACUUAUUAAACGAAGAAUAGAGUCUUUUAUAAGAUAAGAUAUAAAGUGAGCAAAGCUAGAAAUAAAAUUAAACUUCUCAUUAGCAAUUAUCUCAAGAUAUUAUUUAAAGUUAUGAUAGAGCAAAAGUUUAAUCUUCUGGGUAAUAAGAUAAAUAAGAUAUUUUGGAGGUUGAGAGUAUUUACUCAGACUCAAAUGAUGAAGCAAGUCAUAAUGAUUGA